GCCGAGAUAAACAACAUGGCGGAUCUCAUCAAUCGGGUUGGGUCGCCCAUGGACAUUUGCGAAGAAAGUCUUGAUGAGUCUCCUGAUAAAAUAGAAAAAAGGAAAAAGCUUUUGGCACUUAAACAACGAACAAGAUCACCAUUUCUGAUUGGUUCCAUAGAAGCGGUAAACAAGAAGAUCAGCAGUUUGGAUCGUAAGCUUCAGGGUUACACUCAGCUGGUGUGUGAGAGCCGUGCUGCCAGCCAUGCAGACCUUGCUGACCUGUUUCCGGCCAGUGCUAUGGGUCGGGACAGGUAUCAUCAGAGGGAAAGGGAGACCAAAGAAGUGAACUGUUUUGCUGGAAUCUAUACACUUAAGUCCACCCUUGUCCCUGGACUCAGCCAGAGGGUGAAACACAUAUCCAAAAUCAGUAUGCAGCCGAGCAAGACAACUAUCAGUGCCAAGAAGGAGACAGGAAAACCAAAAUUUGUUGAGCUGCAUCAGUAUCCUGGCUAUGACCCCACAGAGUUAACUCCCCUGCCAGAUGGGAUCGCAGCUGCAGAUAUGCUGAAGAAUGCAGCCGAGGCUUCCAUGGGACUUGAUCAUAAACCGCACUUCAAGCCCGAGUUCGAUCAUCUGUUCUACUCUCAGAUGUCACAGGCAGUAUUGCAGGAUCUGUUCUGGUACUAUUUCCUGGAGAAGUUCCAGUCCAGUCGCAACUCCCAGGUGAAGUUGUUUAACCGUAUCGCCCACAACUACGUGAAACUGACGAUCUAUGCCAAGAACCCAGUUUACAGGGACACAUUCCUCAAGGGGUACCCCAUGCUGAUGUGCCAGGCUGUCUACUCUGCCUUCUGCCACGCCUUCCCGGACUCAUACCGCCAGUUCGGAGAGGUCUUCAAGGAUGACCUUGUGGCCCUCAUCAUGGAGUGGAUGACAGGGCUGCCUCUAGCCCCGAGGGUGUGGCUGGGCUGGAACAUGGAUCAUCUGGAGCCAGCCAACAUCAAGAUGAGGGAAGAAAUACUCUCACAGAAGAACAAGAAGUCCAGCACAGCCAUCAACUUUGACUUCCUGGACAGUCUGGUGUCCAGCGUUCCAAGCCAGUACACGUCCAACACUUCCCUCAACCAGUCAGGAUCACGGUCAUCUCUCUCCUCAAAUUGGACACAGAAGAAAUAUGUACCCAGGAUACCUCGUGCCCGUAAAAGCACUCAGUCGCUGUCUCGUAAAGUUUCAACUCUGAAAGUUGUCUCCCCUGCAUCUUCCCAGGAUUCCCAUGUGAUUGACACAGUUGCCGAUGCACAGAUCAGUCCAAGGAAACAGUCGCAGAAGCUGUUGGACCCUCGGAAGUUGCUGGAGGCCCUGACUCCUAUCCGAGAAAUGACAGGGGAAGAUGAGGAGCCACACACAGACAUAGAGGACAAGAAGCUUUCCCAGAUGUCUGCAUCUGCAGCCAAGGAGGUCUCACACUCCCGGGACACUGCAGUCAAAGUUGAGUCCCACCCUGCCUGUCGAGGUCCCGACUUUGUGAGAUCUGCCUUCAACAUCAGCGGCCACAGUCCCCUCGUGGCACACUUCAUGAGGAUGAAGAAACUGACAACUGAGGCGGGUGUUAAUUUCCGGGUACAGAGGACGGAGAUAGAAAACCUGCCAGCUCUAGAUACCCCAACCUACAGGGACGUGAUCCGUACAUCUCUCAAGACCAUCAAAGACAUAGAGCAGCAAUUCUCACAAAUGUACACCCGGAGCAUGCGUGAGAACGCUGUGUUUGUGAAGAAGCAGAAUGCUAUCAUGCGAGAACACAUGCAGAAGGAAUCAGCCCUCCUGUCAAGGACUAAGGAAGUCAAGAGGCUCAGUGAUCUGCUCAUUCUGGAACAGAGAAAAGGUGAAGAUUCCAUUUCUGCAGGAGCAGAUGCUGCCAUAGAAGCAGCACUAAUGGCCCAGGAGUGAAGCGGAGUCUGUGUGAUCCCCUUGUACCAACUUGAUCCAACAUUGUCUGUGAUACUUCCCAGUGCUUCUGUGAUACUUCAACAAUUGUUGACUAUCUGUACAUAACCCAGUAUGUAGUGACUUCACUGUGCAAUAUGAUCUUGUACAUGCAAGAAAGUGGAUAUUGUUGGGAAAAUUUGCAAAAAUGUCCAGUUAUUCAUUUUAUACUUAUUUUUUUUAUAGAUAUUGUCUAAUAACCAAAGAUUUAAGUUUGACUUGCAAGUUGUAUAAUCCAUGUUGACCAGCUGACUUUAAUGUGAUAUUUCCAUUAUAAUUUUGACAUUUGUCU